CCGCUCUCACGCCGCCGCCGCCUUCCGAUCCACCACGCCGUUGCCGGACUUUCAUCUACCGCACCGCCAGAAUAUACAAAUACUUAGGGAGGGGUAGACAAAGAAUUACGUGGACCGAAGUAGUUAGGAAAUAUAUUUUAGAUCUAGGCGCUCAGGAAAGUUUGAUUUUGAACAGAGCUGCGUGGAAAAGUGAAAUUCAUAUAGCCGACACCAAUUAAGUUGGGAUUAAGGCUUGUUGUUGUUGUUGUUGUAUACGGAUACUUCUUUUUUGGAGGUGUGAAGUGGAGUUUUAGAUGGAUGCAUCGCAAAGUACAUCAACAGGGACUGGUGGGAGUAGUGGAAAUGGAAUGAUGGUUUCUCCGGCGAAUGAUAAUGCUACAAUGGCCACAGUUGUGGACGAUCCAAAGCAGAACUUGAACCAAGUCAUCAACUCUACACAGAAAAAUUUGGGCCUUCUUCACCAGCUCUACCUCACUGUCUCUUCCUUCAAUGCAGCCAGUCAGCUGCCCCUUCUCCAACGCCUCAAUUCUCUCGUUUUGGAGCUUGACAACAUGGUUAAGUUGUCAGAGAAAUGCAAUAUUCAGGUUCCAAUGGAAGUUCUCAAUCUGAUUGAUGAUGGGAAGAAUCCCGAUGAGUUUACAAGGGAUGUGAUAAAUAGCUGCAUUUCUAAAAACCAGAUCACCAAAGGGAAAACUGAUGCCUUCAAGGGUCUACGUAAGCAUCUUCUAGAGGAACUGGAGCAGACAUUUCCUGAUGAAGUCGAAUCUUAUAGGGAGAUUCGAGCUGCUUCUGCUGCUGAAUUGAAACGCCAACAAGCACAAAGCAUGAUGCCCAAUGGAGAUAUGAAGGUUAAAUCUGAGCUUUAAGUAUAUGGUUUAUGGAUGUAUCUCAACGUCCACUUACAAUGUAUGUAGUCCUAGGAGUUGUUUAUAGAAGGCUAGAGGGAUAAAUUCGUGUAUCAUUGAAUUGUCUGUUGCUCAACUCAGGACACAGGGUGACGAAAACAUGAGAAUGUAAUAACUUUUGAACAUCUUCUUAUAAUACAAAUGACAUGGUGUUCGCUAGUCA